AAAUUUUCAGCUCAACUAAGUUUGUUUGUUAGCUUCCUUAGGCAUUGAACCUUACUUUCACAUGCUUGAUUGGCCUUACUUGCUUGGUUAUAUUGCCUAUGUGUAUACCUUGAUUGAUUUGUCUUAGCGCUUGCAUUUUGGAAGUUGGAUAUUGAGAGUGAGUGAACCUAGCCCUCACUAUAUUCUAAGCCUUUUUCCGAGUGACAUUGGUGAGUGAAUUGGGGGUGGGAUUACCAAUUGGGAAGUGAGUUCUUACUAAAAUCUCCCCUUCUUGUGUGUGUGAGUGUGGAUUUUACUAACCCUUAGGACUAGAUCCUAGUUUUUUUUUUUUAUUUCUUAUUGUAGGUACCAUUGUGAAUGCCACCUCGUACUAGAUCCACCACGAUGGGGGAUCCGCAACCGGGUGCGAGCACGAGUCUUAGUGUGGCGGGGGAUGAGUUGAAAAACUUGAUGGAAAAAAUUAUGACGGAUUUGAGGGAUCUAAAAGAAGGCCAAACCACAAUGCAUGUCACUCAAGAUGCUAUGUUCGGGGAUUUGAAGGAACUCAAGGUGAACCAAGCAUCCAUCCAUGAAAACCAAACUUUUCUCCACGACGAGCUCAACGCUUUGAAGGCCGUGCGACUAUCAAGGUCAAACACCCCUAGGAGCAAUCACACACAUCAUGAUGCCUCCGAGGGGAGUAAUGGAGAGGAAGAGCCAUAUGGUUGGUACGAUCAUGGGGGGCGCGGGGGACAAGGAGGAGGACGGAAUGGGAAUAGGAAUGGUAGGUUCGGGAACAUGAUGGGCGGAAGAGGAAAUGGAAACAUGGGGCACCAUGGGUGGAAUGGUAGGCAUGGAAGAUAUAGAAACUAUGAGGAGGAGAUGGAGCCGCGGUAUGAUGAUCCCACCAAGUCUAUCAAGCACACAUUUCCCGAGUUCCACGGCAAGUUUGAUCCCGAGGCCUACUUGGAAUGGGAGUCACAAAUGAGCAAAAUUUUCUCACUCCAUAACUUUUUGGAAGGUGAUAAGGUGAAGGUGGCAAUAGCCGAGUUUCGUGGCAAUGCGGAUACAUGGUGGAAUGAUACGAUGAGGAGGAGAAGGAUGGUUAGGGGAGGGGAAGUGGGUUCGUGGGCGGAGUUGUGUGAGCUCAUGAGGACUACCUUUGUACCAAAGUCCUAUUUCCUCCGACUUCGAGGGGAGUUUCAAGAUUUGAAGCAAGGGACGAAGAGCGUAAUGGAGUACUACUAUGAACUCCUAUCAUUGAUGAGCAAGGUAGGGGUGGAGGAGCGAGAAGAGGCGACUCAAGAUCGAUUUAUCCAUGGCCUUAACAUCAACUUGAAGCACAAGGUGCAAGUGGAGGCAUUGAGGGGAAUUUCCUUGGACGAGGUGAUUGGGUUUGCCGACACUUUUGAGAGGCAAAGUAAGGAGUUGGUUUCUAGCCGGGCUAAAUGGGCGUCUAGCCAAACCGGAGGGACGGGGACUAGCAAGUGGAGUGCUCCCGGCAAGAAGGUGGAAAGCAUGGCCAAUCCAAACACCCAAGGGAGGCCGAUCGCGAAGGCUCUACCGGGUACUCAACCUAUUAAAGCUAUAGCCCCUAUGGAAGACAAGAAGGUUCAAUGUUUCAAGUGCAAGGGGUAUGGCCAUUAUGCACGCGAGUGCCCAAACCAACGGGUAAUGGUUAUCGGGCAAGAUGGUAGCGUGUAUAGUGAGGAAGAUGAAGAAGAUGGGGAGGGUGUGGGCACUAAAGAAGUGAGCCCGGACACCGACAUAGCUUUUUCUAGUGGCGAAGAAGAAGAUACACCCUUAAGGGCUAUGGUUGUACUCCGAAUGCUCAAUGUACAACCCAACCUUGAAGAGCAUAAGGAGCAAAGGUGCAACAUCUUUCAUAUGAAGUGUAAGGUGAAGUCCAAGACGUGCUUGGUCAUCAUAGAUGGAGGGAGUUGUACAAAUGUGGUGUGUGACCGGUUGGUGGCCAAGUUGGGAUUGAAGGUACUUAAACACCCAAACCCCUACAAAUUGCAAUGGUUAGGGGACUCCGGAGAGUUGAGGGUGAAGGCUCAAUGCAAAGUUCCAUUGAAGAUUGGAGAAGUUGAGGAAGACAUCCUAUGUGAUAUCAUUCCUAUGACGGCAUGUCAUGUUUUGCUAGGGAGGCCAUGGGAGUUUGAUAGAAGGGCCUACAAAAAUGGCUUCACGAAUGAGUAUUUCUACAUGCUCAACGGGUUGAAGGUUCGUUUGAAGCCAUUGCUACCUAGUGCCGUGUUUGAGGCUAGCCAACAUCUACAAAAGGAAAGAGAGAGAGAUAGGGAAAAAAGGCUAGUAGAAGAAUGUGAGCUAAAAAAGCCAAGUGAGAGUGGGGGUGGUGAGAGAAAAAUAAAAGCGCCCAAAGGAGAGCACCCACAAACAAGAGGGGGAAAGGAAUGUUUGAUAGCUAGUAAAACCGACCUUGGGUGGGCACUAAACAAUCACCCCUCCGUUCUCCUCGUGGUCCGUAAGGAUUUGUGCUUAGCUACUAACCUUGACCCGUAUCCUUUGAUUGUCCAAAGUGUGUUGCAGGAAUUUGAAGAUGUAUUCCCGGAAGAACUCCCGAGUGAACUCCCUCCCAUGAGGGGGAUCGAGCAUCAAAUUGACCUUUUGCCGGGAUCAUCACUCCCAAACCGGGCCGCAUACAAGGCGAACCCCAAGGAGACACAAGAGCUACAAAGGCAAGUCGAGGAACUCCUUGCCAAAGGUCUAAUUCGUGAAUCUCUAUCUCCUUGUGCCGUACCCGUCAUUCUUGUACCUAAGAAGGACGGAAGUUGGAGGAUGUGUGUAGAUUGUAGGGCAAUUAACAAAAUCACCAUCAAAUAUAGACACCCUAUACCUAGGUUAGACGACAUGUUAGAGGAUCUUUGUGGCUCUAUAUGUUUUUCUAAAAUUGAUUUGGCUAGUGGAUAUCACCAAAUUCGCAUGAAAGAGGGAGAUGAAUGGAAAACCGCUUUCAAAACCAAAUUUGGCUUAUAUGAAUGGCUUGUGAUGCCUUUUGGUUUGACUAAUGCCCCUUCUACAUUCAUGCGUUUGAUGAAUCAUGUACUUCGUCCUUUUAUUGGGAAAUUUGUGGUGGUAUAUUUUGAUGAUAUCUUGAUUUAUAGUCGUAGUGUUGAAGAGCAUGCUAGUCAUCUUAGGAAUGUGCUUGAAGUGUUGAGAAUGCAUACUUUAUAUGCCAAGUUGCCUAAAUGCACUUUUUGUGUUGAGGAAGUUGUGUUUCUUGGUUUUGUUGUGGGAAAGGAAGGAGUGCGGGUAGAUGAGGAAAAGGUGAAAGCCAUUAGGGAAUGGCCAACACCUAGGAAUGUGAGUGAGGUUAGGUCCUUUCAUGGCCUUGCUAGCUUCUAUAGGAGGUUUGUUAGGGAUUUUUCCACAAAAGCUUCACCCUUGAACCACCUUGUCAAAAAAAAUGUUGAGUUUAAGUGGGGGGAGGAGCAAGAGAGAGCGUUUAGUACUUUGAAAAAUGACCUCACGCAUGCUCCCUUACUAGCACUCCCCAAUUUUGAUAAAACUUUUGAACUUGAGUGUGAUGCAAGUGGUGUGGGGAUCGGGGGAGUUCUCAUGCAAGAGGGUAAGCCCAUAGCUUACUUCUCGGAAAAACUAAAUCAAGCCCAAUUGAACUACCCCACAUACGACAAGGAGUUGUAUGCUAUAGUCCGUUGCCUUGAGAAUUGGCAACACUACUUGAUGCACAAGGAGUUUGUGAUACACACGGAUCAUGAGUCUAUUAAGUUCUUAGGAGGUCAACAUAAACUUGAUAAAAGGCAUGCUAAAUGGAGUGUUUUCCUAGAGACUUUUCCCUAUGUCAUUAGGUACAAGAAGGGAAAGGACAAUGUGGUUGCCGAUGCUCUUUCUAGGAAGCCUUUUGAGACCUUGCAUGAUGGCACUUUACUUGUGAGUGAUACCGUGUGUUUGAGAAAGCGUGUGCUUACUAUGUGUGCCUCCAAAUAUGUUGGAUUUGAGUUUAUUAAAGACCUUUAUGAGCAUGAUCAUGACUUUUCUUCUAUUUACGGAGCUUGUGAAAAAGGUGCUUUUGAUAAAUACUAUAAGUUGGAUGGCUAUCUUUUUAGAGAGAAUAGGUUGUGCAUACCUUCAUGCUCUUUGAGAAACUUGUUGAUUAAGGAGGCUCACCUAGGGGGCCUAAUGGGUCAUUUUGGGUUGCUUAAAACUUUUGACAUACUAAGUGAGCAUUUCUUUUGGCCUUGCAUGAAGAAGCAUGUUGAAAAGUUUUGUAGUAGUUGCUUAGAGUGUAGGCAAGCCAAGUCUAAAUCUAACAAUUAUGGUCUUUACACCCCUUUGCCUACUCCUACACAUCCUUGGGUAGACUUGUCCAUGGACUUUGUUCUAGGUCUCCCAAUGUCUCCUCGGAAAAAUGAUAGCAUCUUUGUGGUGGUGGAUAGGUUUUCCAAAAUGGCUCACUUCAUUCCAUGUCGGAAGACAAGUGAUGCCAAAUUCAUUGCUAGUUUAUUUUUCAAGGAGGUUGUAAGAAUCCAUGGGGUCCCGAGAACUAUUGUAAGUGAUAGAGACGUCAAAUUUUUGAGUUUCUUUUGGAAAACGCUUUGGGGUAGGAUGGGCACCAAACUUCUUUUCUCUACCACCGCACAUCCCCAAACGGAUGGUCAAACGGAAGUCGUAAACCGCUCAUUGGGAACUCUUCUCCGUGCCUUGGUUUUUGAAAAUAAAACUUCUUGGGAAGAAUGUUUGCCUAUAGCCGAAUUUGCUUAUAAUAGGACCAUACAUUCCACCACCCAACAAUCUCCUUUUGAGGUUGUCUAUGGUUUCAAUCCACUCACCCCGUUGGACUUGUCCACGGCCGAUUUGCCUUUGUCUUAUAUGGUUGAUGUAGGUGGGAUGAAGAAGGCCAAGUUUGUACAAGACUUGCACACUCGAGUGCAAGAACGAAUCCGCAAGAUGGGGGAACAAGUAGCUCAAAGGGUGAACAAAGGGCGAAAGAAAAUGUUGUUCAACCCCGGAGAUUGGGUUUGGGUACACUUUCGGAAAAUGCGUUUUCCCGACAAAGCAAAAUCCAAGCUUGCCCCGCGAGGGGAUGGCCCAUUUAUGGUCCUAGAGCGUGUGAACGACAAUGCCUACAUCAUUGAUCUUCCCGGUGAGUAUAACGUGAGUUGUACUUUUAAUGUGGCUGACUUGAGCCCGUUUGAUUUUGUAGGGGACGACCCAGAUUUGAGGACAAAUCCUUCUCAAGAGGGAGAGGAUGAUAUAAACGGGAAGUCCAAGGCCCGGGCUGACCCGACCACGACUCCCCUUAAGCUGCCCGGAAGCUAUAUCUACCUUCCAAACCAUUUGAAGCCAUGUUUUUUAUAUAUGGGUGUUUUUGAGGAAGAUUGUAGGAUCCGUGUGUCAAUGCUCGAGAAGGUAUGGAUUUCUGAAGGAUUUUUAAAACCAAGGGGUGGGAAAUGUUUGGAAACAAUUGCGCACGAGUACUUAAUGGAAUUGGUUGAUCGAAAUCUCAUAUUAGUUGAUGAGUUGGGGUCUCUUGGAAAUGUUAAGUAUUGUAAGAUUCAUGAUUUAUUGAGAGAUUUGUGUUUGAAAGAAGAGGAAAAGGAAAGGUUUUAUCAGGAGAGUGACAAUGACGACGUAAGGGAUUAUGAGGACAGUGAAGAGGAGAGUGAUUAUGAAGAAGUUCGACUACCUCACAAUCUUAGAUUGGUGAGGACAUUCAAAGCGUUUGAUGAAGAAACUGGGAGUAGUUGUUUAUUCCUGGAUAAUGUGUUUGAAUCAGUUAACUCACGUGGUGUAGCUGCUAUUUGGAUUCAUGAAGAAGCACUAAAGUUGAAGAGCUUAGCAAAUGCCAACUUUGAACUUCAAGUGGCAGUGUUUUCCAUGACCAUCUUUCUCUUUGAUGCAGUUCGAACGUAG